AUGCAUUUUGAGGCAACAAUUGAGCAUACUAAAACCCUAGACGAUGAGCCAAUUGAAAACGCAGAUAUUUUAUUUAGACAUUCUCAUUUAUUAAAAUUAAGUAAUGAUGUGUCGUUAAUUGAAUGUAAAUCUGAUAUAGCUAGCUGUUAUGAAAAUCAAAUUAAUAUAUCCCCACAAAAAAAAAUACUUCCGAUAAAUUAUGAACCAGCUAGCCAAAUGCCAGAAUAUUUUGAAAAAAAAAAAAAAAUAAUAAGGGAAAAUAAUGAUAAUGAUAAUGAUGAAAAUGAUGACAAUGAUGAGGGUCAUAGCGAAAAUAGUGACAAUGAUGAGGGUCAUAGCGAAAAUAGUGACAAUGAUGAGGGCCGUAGCGAAAAUAGUGACAAUGAUGAGGGCCGUAGCGAAAAUAGUGACAAUGAUGAGGGCCAUAGCGAAAAUAGUGAUGACAUGGGUGUGUGUAAAUCAGAUCGGGGUUGCGAAAAUGAACAUUCUUACUUAAUAAUAGAAGAGAACAAUCACUCAAAGGAAAAUUUUAACAAUAAAAAAAAUGAAGAAUAUGGGCAUUUUGAAGAAUUAAAAAAUGUACUAGAAAUAAAUGAUGACAAUGUAUCAAAUCGAAGCAUACAACUUUCGGAUAAUAAAACCCCAAAUAAAUUAAAAGAAAAAGAAAAUUAUUUUAUAGUAAGUGAAAAUAAAAGUUCAUCAUUUCAUAAUGUAAGAGAUUCGAGCUAUAGUAGCAGUCAAAGUAGUAACAGAAAUUAUAGUUGUGAUAUUAACUGUUCAUAUAAUAGAGAAAAUUCCUUAACACAUAAAGAAUUUUCAUCAUUUAAAAAUGGAGAAAUUUCAGAUAAGACUGAUAAAAAACCAUCUACUAUAAUAUAUAGUUUAGACGACUCUUUAAAUACAAACAUACAGCUAGAUCAUUCAGAAAAUAAUAUCAAAUCUAAAUACAUAUGUGAAAAAAGUGAUGAAGGAAUAAAUAAAUCGCUAAAAUUGAAUUAUAACAAAAAUUGCAAUCAUAGCAUUUUGAGUCAUGAUAGUGUGCCAACAAAUGAAAAAGACGAAAUUAUAAAUAAAACUGAAAAAAUAAAAAAAAAUAAAUUAAAUUUGUCUAAUAAAACAGAUGACGAUUUAUAUAAAUGUGAUAAAAAAAAUAAAAAAAAAUAUAAACAAAAUUUAGUCUUAUUUAAUAAAAUUCUAAAAUAUAAAGAUCAACUAAUUGAUGUUUAUAGUAAUAUGUCAAUGGAAAGCGAAAAUAUAUCUUUACAAGAUGAACAAAAUUGUUAUAUAAUAAAAGAAAUCGAUCAAAUAAGUGAAAGUAAUGUAAGUAAUAAUACUUAUAGAAAAGAAAGCGAUAAUUUAUGGAAUAAAAAUGUAAUAAAAAAAGAAAGGAAUAUAUCUAAAGAUAGUAAUUCUGAAAUGAUUGCUGGAUUUAAUAAAUAUGAACCAGGGUUAUUAAGAAGUAAUGAAGAUUUAUCCUUAAAUUAUGAAAAUUUAUUAAAUUUUUCGAAUAAAAAUAAAAGUCAUAAAAUCGAAUAUUUUGACAAUAAAGAGACAGAAAUGAAUAAUGAAAAUAAAAUGAAUGUACUAAAUAUUUUAGAUAUUGAUCAAGAAAAUGAAAAAGAAAAAGAAAAAGAUAUUAAAAUGAAAAUUGUUAUAAAUAUAAAAAAUAUUUAUUUUACAAAAUAUAAACAUAUCAAAUGUGUUGUAACAAAUAAUUCAGGAGUCAUAAUCAACACAUUUGAUUUUUAUAAAAACCAAAUCAAAUUAGAUCAAGAAAAUUGUUUUAUAAAAAUAUGUAACAAAAAUAAAUUAAAUGAAAAUUUAUUAAAAUCAGAAGAUAUACAUAUCUUAUUAGAAGAGUUACAAAAUAUGGUGUCUACAGAUAUAACUUUUGAACUUUUAUUUGAUGCAAAAUUAUGUGAUGAAAAAUUCAUUAUAUCUGAAUCGACUUUUUACAGACUAAGCUUUUACGGAAUCGAGAAAAUUGACGCAGGAACAAAAACGGCGGUCCAAUCUAAGGGCGAAAAGGGCGAAAAAGGCGAAAAAGGCGAAAAAUGUGAAAAAGGCAAGCUAAGUGGGCAAGGCGAAAAAGGCGAAAAAUGUGAAAAAGGCAAGCUAAGUGGGCAAGGCGAAAAAGGCGAAAAAUGUGAAAAAGGCAAGCUAAGUGGGCAUGGCGAAAAAAGUUUGUACAUAGGAUUUACAAUUUUGCAUCUUAAGUAUAUACUUCAAAUUCAAGAAGAAGGGUUUCUUCAUUUGAAUAUAUCUGAGAAAAAAAGUGACGAAUUAUCUCAAAAUGUUGAUGAAAAUUAUGAAGAAGAUUCAUAUAUGUUAAAUUGUAAAAUAAAUAAUAAAAGCUAUUCUAGUAAUUUAACUUACGUAGAAAGGAUAGGGUUUGUUUUUAAAACAUUAUUUAAUCAUAGUUUGAAUAUUAUUAGUCCUAAAAUAUUUAUAAAAUAUAAUUUUGAAAAAAUAAAAGAUGAUAAUUCUAGAGGUGUAAUGGAUGAUCAGAAUACGAAUUUUAGAAAAAUUGAAUUUAAUAAAGUGUGGAAAAAAAAAACGGAAGAAAAUUUAGAAAAUUUAGAAAAUUUAGAAAAUUCGCAAAUUUCGCAUAUUUCGCAAAACUUGCAAAACUCGCAAAAUAUCCAAAGUAAUAGGUCAAGUAAGAAAAACGAAAUAGAUAAUAUAGAUUAUGGAUUUAAAAAAAUAUUUCAGAUUUUGGAAAAAAACAAAAAUAAUCCAACUUGUAAAUAUAAUAAGAAAAAUAUAAAAGAAUUACUAAAAUUAUAUUAUCAAAUAUGUUUAAGAAAAUCUUAUAACAAUUCUAAUAGUUUUAAUAAUUCUUUAUUUUAUCAUACUUAUAAUAGUGAACAAGAUAAAAUGAAUUUGUCUAAAAUUUGCAAUGUCAUACAGUUUGAUAAUGACUCAAAUUUUAUUAAAGAAAAAAGUUUCACAGAAAAUAAUUGUUUAGCAAUAAGUGAAACAGAUAAAAAAAAUCUAACAGAUAAAAAAAAAUUAAUAGAUAAAAAAAACGAGUUAGAUUAUAUAAAAGAAAUGUAUCUAAACUUGUAUAAAAAUAAUAAGGAAAAUAUAAAAAUAAUAAAAAAAUUAAAAAAUAUAAUUCUUAAAUAUACUGAUGGAAUAAAUAAUUAUUUUGAUUUUAUUGAGCUUUCUAAAUCUAAUAAUAAAAUAUAUAAUAUAUAUGAUGAAAAUAAAAAAUUAAAAAAAUAUAUAAAAGAAUCAAAUAUUUUUUUUGUUGAAAAUAUAAUUCAUACUUAUAAUGAAAUAUCAAAAUUAAAACAUAGUAAUAAGACAAUAAAUAUUUUAUAUAAUAAAGAAAAAACAAAUAAUAAUUUAGACAAAAAUAUUAAUAUAUGUACAAAUUUAAUCGAACAAAAUUCAUUCUUUAAAAAUAUUACAAAAGGUGAUAACAAUAAAAUUAUUAACAAAGAUUGUGAUAAACCAUGUAAUUCAAACGGGUUUUACAAACACAGUUCAGAAUCGAAAAUUAAGGAAAAUGGAAAAGGUGUAGAAAAAGAAAAAUAUAAUAAUAUGAACCCGUUUCGAUCUGUUUCUAAAAUUCACAAAAAAAAUACUAAUAUAGAACAAGUUCAGACAAAAAUCUCAAAUUGUGAAAAAAUAUCUUUAUUUAAUUUUUCAAAUAAAAAAGAAAAAAAUUCAAAUUAUAAUUUUGAAUCUAUUAAUAAGAGAGAUAGAUAUUGUAGAAAUACAAUAGGUUGUUGUGAUGAUUCUACAAAAUAUGAUUUUCCCACUUUUUCAAAAUCUGAAAAAAAUAAAUUAUUAUAUAAUUCGAAUAAAAUUCAUAUAAAUUAUAAAUAUGAUAAAGAACUAAAUAAACGAAUACAAAACGAAAUGACUCAAAAUAAUAUUAAUGAUAAUAAUUUUAACUCUUUUAAAAAUAAAAAAUGUGUUUUAAUUGGCAAAGACAAUAUAAAAAAUAAAACCAUAAUCAACUGUGAUUCAAAAAAAGAUCAUAAUUCCAUCGAAGAACAAUCUAAUGCAUCUAAAUAUGACCAAAAAGGGUGUUUAAAAAAGGAAAAAAAAACGAGCUUAAGCAAAGCAGGCCUAAGCAAAAAUAAUGUCAGCAAAACAAAUUUUGGAAAAAGCGAUAUGGGCAAAGGCGAUAUGGGCACAAAUAAUAUGACGCCCCAUAGUUCUAUAUCUCAUGAUAAUGUAGAAAUAAAAAAUAAAUUAUACAUGUUAAAAAAAGCAAAAAAAAAUGAAAUAUUUUUAUCUAGCAAUUUAACUAAUCAAUGUGUUUUAUCUGAAUCGUCAAACAAUCAAACAAAUAAAAAAAUGGUUAGCAAAAAAAAUGUUGAUAAUUCUAGAAAUAAAUCUUUUAUAAAUUCUUUAAAUAACAUAGAUACACAAAAAAAAGAAAAUUAUAAUUGUCCUAAUAAUCAAGAUAAAAAUAAAUAUCUUUAUUCUGACCAAAUAAAAAAAAUAGUAACAUUAAAUAUUUCAAAUAAAAAAAAAAAUGAAAUAAAUUGCAAUCUGUUUGCAAAAAUAAAAAAUAAUGAUACUAGCGAAAUUCUAAAAAAAGAAUAUUUUCAAAAUAGUAACACAAGAUAUAUUUCUAAAAGGAAUAUCAUAUUAAAACCAAACAAAAAGAUUGAUGAAAAUAAAAAAAAAAAUAAUAAUAUAACCAAAAUGUGUGCAAAGAUUCCAAAUUUAAAAGGCAUGUGUAUUGAAAAAGGAAUUAAUAAUUUUUCAAAUAUAAAAAAUGUUAAUAAAAAUAAAGAAGAUAAAAAUUGUAAUAAUAUAUACAAAGAAGUAAAUGUAUUAAAAAAUGAAGAUAUAAACAAUGUAAAUUAUAAAAAAAAAUAUAUUGAAAAUUUAAUAUCAUCUUAUAAUAAUUAUAUACCAAAUGAAAUAAAAAAAAAUAAAAUAAUAAAUUCUAAUUAUUCUAAUAAUAAAAAAAUAAAUAUUAUAUCUGAAAUACAAACAAAAGAAAAAAAUCAAUGUCCUGAUAUAAAAGCUAUCAUAAAAAUAAUUGACUCAAAUUUAACAACACAAACUGAAAAAAAUAAUAAAAUAAAUAAUCUAAUAAAUAUAAAUAAAGAAAACGAUUUGAAUGAUAUAGAAAAUGAUAACAUUUUAAAUUCACGAAAAAUAUCAAAUUUGUCAAAUUGUAAUUUUAUUCAUAUACCUAAAAAUAUAAAUAAUCAAAAUAAGGAAACAUAUAUUUUAGAUACUAUAAAUAAAAAUCUUGAUAAUUCGUUUAACCAAUUGUAUAAAAUCAAAAAAAAAGUUCAAGAUAAAUUUCUCACUUAA